CAAAGGCCAGGCCCAUCUACUUUGGAUAUUUGAACCCGCGACCCAACCCUAAAUCCUAACAAAGCUAAUAGCAUAACUCCCUCAGGAUUCGGGUCUGCCGCAGCAAGUGAUCAAAGCGAAAAUAGAGUAAUCAGAAGAGAAAUUCAUCGUCGUUGUGAUGGGUAAGGUUCACGGAUCACUUGCACGUGCCGGCAAAGUCAGAGGCCAAACCCCCAAAGUAGCUAAGCAGGACAAAAAGAAGAAGCCACGUGGACGCGCCCACAAGAGGAUGCAAUACAAUCGCCGAUUCGUCACCGCCGUGGUGGGAUUUGGCAAGAAGAGGGGUCCCAACUCGUCUGAGAAGUGAGGUUGAGGCUUGAAGAAUAUGUGACUACUUUCUUAUUUGAUUUAUCUUUGUUUUAUGUUUUUUUUUUAUCAUGUUGUGUGAACGGUUCUAUUGCUAGCUUAUCAAACAUCAAGCCAGAUUUUUCGAAUACAAUUUUAAUAUUCUAUCUUAGUUUAUUGCUACUUCAUGCCGGAAGGAAAUCAGUGCUUUUGGGUUGGGCUUUAGCCAUCAAUCACAUUGAUGCUCUACAACGAGAGCCUUUGAACU